UCUUACUUCACGGAUCUGCUUCAAAGAGGCAGCUGCAUUAGAGAAUCAUGUUAAGCUCGACUAAUGCGGAGAGCCCGAGCUAGCCCAAUGAUGGAUUUUGAUGAGCGUGUCCCUUGUUCCUCUAACAUGUAUUUGCCCAGUUGUACUUACUACGUUUCGGGUCCUGAUUUCUCCAGCCUCCCUUCCUUCCUGCCCCAGACCCCGACGUCUCGCCCCAUGACAUACUCCUACUCCUCCAACCUGCCCCAGGUCCAGCCCGUGCGAGAAGUCACCUUCCGGGAGUAUGCCAUUGAGCCGGCCGCUAAGUGGCACCCCCGGAACAACCUCCCCCACUGCUACUCCGCCGAGGAGAUCAUGCACAGGGACUGCCUGCCGGCCACCAACACGGCGGGGGGAGAGAUCUUCGGCAAAAGCCCGUCGGCCGGCGGCGGCGUCUACCACCACCACCCCUCCGGCGCCAACGUCUCCUCCGGCUUCUAUAGCGCGGUGGGCAGGAACGGGGUCCUCCCUCAGGCCUUCGACCAGUUCUUCGAGACCGCCUAUGGCACGGCCGACAGCCACGCGGACUACGCCGGGGAGAAGAGCGGCGAGAAGGCACCCGGACCGGUGGCUGCUGCCGCAGCAGCGGCGGCUCCGGUGGCCCCGGCGGCGGCGGCGGCGGCGGCAACUUCAAGUUCGGAGGGCGGCGGCGGCGGCGGCUGCAGGGAGGCGGCGGCGGCUGCAGACGAGAAGGAGCGGCGCAGGAGGCUGGAGAGCAGCAGCAGCCCCGGGUCGUCUUCCGGCAACAAUGAGGAGAAAUCCAGCAGCUCCAGUGGACAACGUACCCGUAAAAAGAGAUGCCCAUACACCAAAUACCAGAUUAGAGAAUUAGAAAGGGAAUUCUUCUUCAGUGUCUAUAUAAACAAAGAGAAACGCCUCCAGCUGUCCCGCAUGCUCAACUUGACUGACCGUCAAGUAAAAAUAUGGUUUCAAAACAGAAGAAUGAAAGAGAAAAAAAUUAACAGGGACCGAUUACAGUAUUAUUCAGCUAACCCACUACUUUAAAACUCCUAGCUUUUUUUUCAGAACGAGAUUAAAUUCAUAUCUCACCCUUGACAAAGUCAAGCCACAAGGUUAUCUAUGAGAAGGAGUUGUGUAAGAUGACGGAGGACUAUGAAAUACUAGGUGACCCCCAUUUUUUUAAAAAAAGUACAGAUUCUGGUGUUGUUGUUUUUUGAAGUUCUUCUUUGUGAGUCAACUGGAAUCAGUUUGGAGUCCAACAUCUUUUGGUCCUAGUGCGAUUUCCACCUCUUACCUUCAGACACUACAGUUCUUUCAGGGGUUUACGGGGAAUGAAGCAUUGGCUCCAGAAUGCUUUUAAACUACAUUAACGUAGUUUACUGUGGACCAUUGGUCGGAAGGAUACACAUGGCAGCAUCCAAGCUUGAGGAUCAAUGAAAAAAGCCCAAGCCAAAAUAGAGAUCCUCCAAGUGUCCUCCCACUCCCAUUUUACUGCAGAUGCACAACCGCCUCCCUGAUCUCUCUGCCCCCCGCUUUUUCCUCAAGAAGGCUUACCUUCCUUACCAAUUAAAGUUGAAAAUGCUUUUUUAAAAAUUGCUUAAUUCCUCGCAAGGCCCAUCACAACCGUCUGCAGAGGAUCAACAUUGAAUAUAACUGAACUGGGCUGGAGAAAUGUGACCUAAAAAGCCUUGUCUAGCUUCUUUUCAAACGAUUUCAGGUAUCACUUUGCCAUAUAUGGUAAAGAAGAGGCGAGUUCAAUUCGAACUCGCUCUGGUUUUAAUGAAUAAGAAGUGUCCAAAUGUGGCCAUCCCUUUUUGAGACAAAUCAUGACGUGCUUAUUUAUAUGCUUAAAAUAACGGACAGUGGAGAGAGGGACAUAGAAAGACAAAUCUGGUACUCGCAAAAGGGUAACUCAAUUUAAGGACUCUUCUGGCUUCUGUCUCACAAUCUUUCUCCAGGAAAUACCUGUGGAUAAAGACAGUUUGUCAUAGACCGAGCAAUGCUUAAUUUGACUUUGUGUGUAUCCAGUGCACUGAGAUCAGAUCAGAAAAUGAAGGAAGGUUUCCUUCAAAGGCCAGCGGGCCAGAACGUAGUGCAGAAAGCCAACCAUGUAAAUUGGAUUAAUCCGUUUUCAAACCUUGUGGUCCGCUGUUAAUGUUGUAAGUUCUACUUAGUCGUCCAAGCGGCAGAAUCAACGAAUGGCGUGUUCCUUGGAAUUAUUUUAAAAUAUAUAUAAAGAAAUAUAUUUCCCAGCAGGAACCAAAGUGAGAAAGAGAGAGAACCGUGAUUUUAAUUAAAAAAAACUAUUUAAAAUUCUAUAUCGGUUUACAAAGAAUAUGUGUUUUAUUGUAAAGGUCAUUUGCUGUUGAGAAUAUCUGAAUGUAUAUUUCAUAUGAGAAGAGUGUUUUUUCAAGACCUGUACAUUUAAAAAAUGAUGUUUUUUGUUGGUAUACUUUUUUAAAUGGUUAUUUUCUUUGAAAGGUGUUGGAUUUGUCCUUUUUUUAAAAAAUAUGUGAAAAUAUGGUGACAAGGAUGUUGUUUUUUUAAAUCACCAGCUUCCAAGAUGGAUGCAAUUUCUUUACACAGUUCACAUAAUGCAAUACAUUUAUAGCCCAUCACUGUUUAAAUAUGUAUUGUCAUAUUUGUAUAUAUAGUUUUCUUUUUAAUAUACGAAUGUCUUUGGUUGCAUGUAUACAGUGGAACGGCGCACAACGAAAAUAAAUAUGUGGGAAAUUUAUAUUUCUAUUCUUGUGUUACGUUCAUGGAGAUUCUCUUAUCUGGUCUGAGAUUGUGAAGGAGGGUGAUUGAGCUGCUUUGGCAAAAAUCCCACUCACCUAUUGUUGCUGGCCGUUCAGAAGAGGCCAGAGCAGCA